AUGGCAAAAGAACGGCCGCUUGCCAAUUGCCUUGAAGCACCAGCAAAGACCUCCAACGUCCCCAGCCAAGACAACCCUCCCGGCGUCCCGUCCUCCCCGCUGAGUUCUUGCCCAUCAACUCUUCCACAGCCAUUCUCAUCUCCCGUAAAACCGAGAACCUCGCGGAAGCAGCAGAGCUUAUUGACGACCACAUCUACAGCUCCAUCUCCCCUUCCAGACAAUGUAUCCUCCGAUUGUGAGCCAAAGCCACUCGCCCCUUCACAACCCUCCUCGUUUGGAACUAGUUUCGCGAGCUCUCAGCGAGUAAUAAAGGACGGCCAAGUUGUAGUGACUGGCUCAGACGGCGAGGACACUGACUCGGCAUUGUCCCUGGGAUCCGAUUAUGAUGAUCUCCUGCAAAUGUUCGUGGGACCUAAAGGUCAGCGGUCUCCCGAAAAGCGCACUGCAUCUAGCAAGUGGGGAUUAGGUGUAAUACCUACAACACCGCCUAAAUAUAAAUUCUCCUUGGAAAACCUGGUUGAGCAUGCUGCGGAUGACCGGGAAACCGAAGCCAAUAUCUCAAAGCUCAAAUUGGCCUUUCAAGGGAGCAGUGAUGCAGGAAAAGUCAACAAAACCCCGAAACAACGAAGUAGGAUGUUUCGCGAUGACAUCUUAGCCUCAGCAAUCGGUGAAAACACCAACACAGACACAAUGCAGCGGCUGAAAAUCGCUGUUGAUAGAACAGAGGCAGUGGACCAAAACCCCGCAACUCGCGAAAGAGCACUUUUAUCGGGGCUAGUAGGGGAGUCAUUGGCUGGGAAAACUCUUCCUGAUGAAGUCUUCUACUGGAUUCUCCAAGCUUAUCGGAUAUCGACUUCGAUCCAUCCCGCCCAUGUUGAGCAGAUGUUCCGUGACUUAGGAGCACGGCCUGAUGCUCUCUCAGUCCAGGAUAUCAUCUUCCCAGAUUUUCGUGUGUUCAAUCGGCCCAAGUUGAGAGACUACAAAUACCUUUUGUCGGCUUUAGACGUCAUCAACGGCCUGGCCAACAAGUUAAAUAAUGAAGCGCGUGAUGUUGCGCUGAAAAUAACUCUGCGUCUGACACUUGAUGAAGCUGCUAUGCGCGAUUGUCUCGUUUCCAGAGCAACCCAACAGGCGAUAACGUCGCUGCUAGGAGAAAGGGGCACCUUAUUCACGGUCUCCGAGCUGAAUGAGCUUGCGCUUGGCUUAUUUCACACAAUCAACGAUGUGGCACUCCAAAGCCAACUUCUGAAACACAUAUGUCCAGUGACGCCGGAAAUUGCCUUGUUCAGGUGUCAUUUAGCCGCGUUGUUUUUCUUCCAAGGCAAAGCUUUCCUUGACGAGCCAACAGAGCCAGUAUCCUAUUUGCAGCGCAUGACCUCCCGGCUAAGGGAUGAUCGAUUCAACAUGGGUCGAUCGUCCUCAAGUGAAAAAGAGCCGUUUGACUACUGGGAACUUGCUGCGAUAACAUCCAUUUUAAACAUCGCUAUUGACUCUGCAACCUUUGAGGAUUCGUCGCUAGACAGAGAGGCUGAGGCCAAAUUCAAUCGAGCGGUCGAUCAAUUGGCGGAGCAGGUCAAAAUCACCACGUCCGAAAAUUUCGUUGUUUGUGCCUUCGAAAGGCCUCGACGCAGAGAGCUGGGACGGGAUCAAAAGGAGCGAGAAUUUGAUGAACAGGUUCCUAUCCCGCGGAAAAGAUGGUGA